UUCAGGAGGGACGUGAUGCUGCAGGAUUUAAGCGCCGGCGUUCUCUUUCCCCAAUGUCUCCAGCAUCGAGGUUUCGCUCAAGUUCCCGACAAUGAUGAGCAGUUUGUCCCGGACUUCCAGAGCGAAAACUUGGCUCUUCACGGCCUCCAGCUGAAGAUCAAGAGAGAGCUUCAUAGCCCGUGUCUGGAGCUGAGCUCAGCCUGCAGCCAGGAGCGCCCGCUCAGGCUCCAGUAUGGAGACAAGUGUCCCUACAGCAGUGCCUACGAGCAGAAGCAGCCCACAGGUAUGAAGGCCUCCAGCCCAGUGACCCCCCCCUGCAGCACCCCCGUGUCCCCCCUCCACCAUGGCUCCCCCAACCCUCCGGAGAGGAGCUACAGCACCCACGUACCAGCCUCACAGCCUCUGCCCGACAGCGCCUACGCCAUGGACAACAGGUUCCGUCGGCAGCUUUCGGAGCCGUGCCACUCGUUCCCCUCUCCCCCCGCCCUGACCCGGGACAGCAGACCCAUGUACCACCGGCAGCUGUCGGAGCCCAGCAUCCCCUUCCCCCCGCAGGGCUUCAAACAGGAGUACCAGGACCCUCUGUUCGAGCACCCGGCCAUGAUGGGGGCCCCUCUGCCGCACGCGUACCCCCCCUCCAUGAUGAUCAAGCAGGAGCCCCGGGACUUCACCUACGACUCAGCAGAAGUGCCUAGCUGUCACUCGGUCUACCUACGGCAAGAUGGCUACCUGGCUCACGCUAACAGGACAGAAGGGUGCAUGUUCGACAAAGUAGCGAGACAUUUCUAUGACGACACAUGUGUGGUGCCGGAGAAGGUGGAAGGUGAUGUGAAGCAGGAGUCGGGCCUGUACCGCGAGGGCCCUUCGUACCAGCGGCGUGGCUCUCUGCAGCUCUGGCAGUUCCUGGUGGCCCUGCUGGACGACCCCUCCAACUCGCACUUCAUCGCCUGGACCGGCCGCGGCAUGGAGUUCAAACUGAUCGAGCCCGAGGAGGUGGCGAGGCGGUGGGGCAUCCAGAAGAACAGACCCGCCAUGAACUACGACAAGCUGAGCCGCUCCCUGCGCUACUACUACGAGAAGGGCAUCAUGCAGAAGGUGGCCGGUGAGAGAUACGUGUACAAGUUCGUGUGUGACCCAGAGGCCCUGUUCUCGAUGGCGUUCCCCGACAAUCAGCGUCCAGUGCUGAAGACGGACGCGGAGAGACAGAUCAACGAAGAGGACACCGUGCCCCUGUCCCACUUCGACGAGAGCCUGGCGUACGUGCAGGACGGGCCCUAUUGCCCCCCACACCCCUACAGCGAGGGAUACGUCUACUGAUGCCACGCCCCCAGGACACGCCCACCAUGACACGCCCCAGGACACGCCCACAUGACACGCUCCCAUGCACAUAGACUGUCUGUGCGGGGCUGUGUACAUGUGCGUAUCAUGGGACGGCUGAGGCAGGACUCUAUAAGACCUGGACUCUUACAUAAUAGACUCUGAUUUCCUGUUCCUGAC